AUGAACAGGAUAUGGGAUAUCGUUGUUUGUCUAUUCAUCGUGGGCUUAGAUGUAGCCGCUUCAGUAGUCGGAAUCCUAGCAGGAGUCUCUCAAAAUCGGGUGUGCAGUGAGCCGAGCCAUAAAGCGUUCAGGCUAGGUCUAGGUGCAAUACUAAUAUUGGAAAUCGAUCAGAUCCUCGUUCUUUUCAGAGCCCUUUUCUUUAUAUCCCCUCAAGACGAGGUUCAAAGAUCUUUUUUCAGUAAAAAAAUCUCCUAUGCUUUUUACUUCCUCGGUUGGAUCGCAUCCGUCGGUGCAGCUGUGACUUUGGCGAUUGGAGUGAAUUCGAACCGCAAGUCAGGAUCCUCUUGUGGGUUCACACAUCAUUUACUCACCAUCGGAGGGAUCUUGUGUUUUUUUCGUGCCCUUUUUUCUGCCGAUUAUUACGUUUCUACCAUUGUGGGUAAAGACGAAGCUGCUAAAUGA